CGUGUGAUGAAAGCAGACCUUCAUCCUUCAAAACAAAGCGCCCUGUUGUCGUCCCCCUUUACAAAACCGUACUGUCACAUCUUAUUCUGUGAUGUAUAUAAAUGAAUGAGGCCUCUUUACCUUGAGGAGAGCACUGAAGAGCAGGAGAGUCCGCAGAGAGACGCUGAGGCACAGCAGCGGCUUCAUGAUGCCGGUCUGUUGAGGAAAAGUUUCGAGUGUCUUUUCUAGCCGUGAAACUGGGUCACCAUUGCAACAGACUUUGAGAAUUUGAGCAGGGAUACAACAUGCAAGCUAUACACGUUUUACAGCCACUGUUCAAGCCUGCAAUGGACAGAGGAGCAGUAAAGGGAUUGACGUGGUUCUUGGUGUUUGGCUCCUGGUCUUUGGCUCAGAGGGAGCGGAGCGGCAGAUGGCAAUGUGAAGACGGGCUCAGUCAGAUAUGACUCUGCCGCACAAUGGCUGACAACGGCUGGUUGCCACAGGAUACAGGAUUUUACUUGAUCAUGUGAUCUGACUCCCUCCCCAGUUCCCUGCCAUCUAUCAUAGGAGCCUCAUUUAACAGGGGGAUAAUGACCCGCCGGCUGAGCAGCUCCACCCGCUCCCACACUGAGGACUCCAUCUUCCUGAGGCCCGAUGAGGACCCCGUCUGGCUGGAUGAGCCCACAAAGACUGACAAAAUAGGUGAUGGAGCCCCUAAAAAAGAUGGGCUGCCAGAAUGCAAAGAUGGACCCACAGGGGGCCAAAGCCCACAAGGGGAGGAAGUGUUUAUGCACAAGGUGUAUGCGCUGGUGAUUGAGUUCCACUGCUGGGCUGCACUCUUCAUCGUCUCUCAAGUCACGGGGUACUGGGUGUUUUUUGUGAUGGAGGGAAAUGGACCACUCUCUUCCAUCUAUAAAGCCCUGCAGGUCCUCGACUUCUACCUGGGCUUUGUCUUACCCUGCCAUCCGAUUUUUGGAAUGGAUUCCAUCGUGUUGAUGAGAGAGGUGCUAAACAAACAACACAAUUGGAUCGUUCAUGGCACUGCAGGCAUUGGUGUGGCCAUCUGUGUUGUCAUGGUCGUCCACAUGGUGUGUAAGUGGCGUUACGGCACUGGCUUGUGGUCGUCAGGCAGAGUAUCGAGGGACAUUGGUGAUCGGCGUCAGUCUGUGAGCCGCCAGCCCUCCUUCACCCUGUCAGAGUGGACAGAUGCCCAAGAGGAUCUGCUGGACCUGGACCCCGUGCCCCAGACUCCAGUCUUUGAGAUGAGCACUGAUACCAGGACAGAGGGAGACGCCGCCACCCUCACUGUCACACCAGUGGGGCUUCAGGAGAGGAGGGGCUCCAACGUUUCCCUGACCUUGGACAUGUGUACACCAGGCUGCACGGAGCCCUACGGCUACGGAGCCCAGCUCUCCCCCAGAGACCAGUCGGCCCAGGAGUAUCUCCGACAGGGAACACACAUGCUGACCCCUGCCAUGCUACACACACGGGCCAUGGAUGACCAGAGCCUGCAGGCUGAGUUUUUUGAAACUCCCAUGAACUUUGUGGACCCUAAGGAGUACAACUAUCCAGGGCUGGUGAGAAAGAAUCGCUACAAAACCAUCUUACCCAACACACACAGCAGAGUGAUCUUGAAGUCACAGGAUGAUGAUGAUUUCCUCAGUACCUACAUCAAUGCUAAUUAUCUGAAAGGCUAUGGGGGUGAGGAGCGUGCAUACAUCGCCACCCAGGGUCCCACUGUGAACACAGUGGGCGACUUCUGGAGGAUGGUGUGGCAGGAGAGAAGUCCAAUCAUAGUAAUGAUCACCAACCUAGAGGAGAAAAACGAGAAAUGUGCAGAGUACUGGCCUGAGGACACUGUGACCCACGAGGGCAUCGAGAUCACCGUUGUCACAGUAACCCAGGAGGAUGACUACAGUCUGAGGGUGUUCACUUUGAAGUGCGGGGAUGAGGAGCGAAGUCUGCAGCAGUACUGGUACACCUCGUGGCCUGAUCAGAAGACUCCAGACAAAGCUCCACCUCUGCUGGAACUGGUACAGGAAGUGGAAAGAGCAAGAGAGGAAGCUCCGCCCUCCAGUGGCCCUAUAAUCGUUCACUGCAGUGCUGGAAUUGGUCGAACUGGCUGCUUCAUUGCCACCUCCAUCCUGUGCAAGCAGCUGAGGACUGAGGGUGUGGUUGACAUCCUGAGAACCACCUGCCAGCUCCGUCUGGACAGGGGUGGGAUGAUCCAGACGUGCGAGCAGUACCAGUUUGUGCAUCACGUCCUCAGCCUGUAUGAGAAGCAGCUGUCUCACACUGCUGAGGAGUAGAGUGAGCACUACAGCCACACCCAGACCGAGACACACCACUGUACACUGUACCGCCUCUGGUGGUAUGCACCACUGUACCUAGCAUCACUUCAAUUUCACCCUUUAACAAGUUCAACCCAUGUUAAUCUCUUCACCCAAGACAGGCUCGCUCAGACAGGACUGAAUGGUUGACAUGAAACCUGUGCUUAUUCUAUGUCUCUGAGCAGAACAAGCCUAUAGGAGGUGGGAUUUGAGAUAGCCCCUAAAAAAUCUUUGAUCCACACAGUCCUGGAGAGUCACAAAGGUCAUGCCUGAAAUAAUCCAAACUCGCACUCCUGACAUCAUUUCAUUUGCACUGCUGAGGUUUUUAUCGCAUCACUGUACAAGAGUCUAAGUCAUCAGGGACUCACUGAGUGCUAAAAUAGCCGCCUCAGUCACACACUGUAUGUACAGUUAUCAAAAGGUUAAGGAGGAACUGCAAGUCCAGUCUCCCAAAGUUAGUGUAAAUGAUAAGGGCCCUUUACAGCAUAAGUGCCAGCAUAAUUUAAAUCAACAGAAAUGAUCAAAUGCCAGCCUAAUAUUUUACACUAUAUAGAUAUAAAAGUCCACAUAAAAUAUAAGUUAACUAACAACUAGCUUUUUUUCUCACUGACUCUCACUUUUAAUGUAAAAAAAAAAAAUCAUUACAGAAGGCCUGUUUCAACUUUCGAUGCAUUCAGGAGCCACCUCAUCUUCAGGUUGCAUGGUGCUAAGUGUUCAUUAAAGGCAUGUGCAAUGUUAUGGAACAUAGGAAUGUAUAACAAUUAGGUUAUUAAUUAACUAAUUAGGAUUUCUGUGCAGUCUACAGUAUUACAGUUUUACCAUGCUGCCUGUGCAGUUCUCAUGGCCCAUGAUGUUUACAGUAAACAACUCCCGCAUUCAGGCCACAUAGAUGUACACUCAGAGGCGUCACAGAGCCAGCGAGACGGAGGCGACUGAGGCCAGAAAUAGAAUCAGACCGUCAGAAAAAUCAAUGAAGAGCUCUGGAGAAUCCGACAUGUACGCGCUCAACAUUUCUCAACUGACACACACAGGGAGGUAUAAUGCACAGAAAAUAAAUAACUGUACCAUAAAUUGUUGAAGGAUGACCACACACAGCUAAUACUCCUGUAAAUGUCCCAUUCCUAUCCUGAAGCUUGUUGCCCUCAGAGACACUUGCUCUGUGAUGCCUCUGCUUUUAAUAGUAGCUUGAACACAUCUGUGAAGUAAGAAGCCCAUGAUUGUUGUAUAGACAGGCCAGGCCUAAUCUGUAUGAAGCACAAUAGACCAACUAAGGUUGUCUCUCUGAUGUUCAGCUGUAAAAGUUCUUUUUUUCUGUAUUGUGUUUUGAUUGUGUUGAGUUUAAUGGAUUGCAUGUGCUGUAUGGGACUCCAUAGGUCCACAAUCAAAGCGACGUGAUUGGUUGUCCUGCUUUUUGUUGUGUAAAAGGGUUUAAGCCUAUUAUAUUGCUUGCUCUCGGCCAAUGCUUUUGAUACAGUUUGCUUUUGUGAAACCAACCAGAGAUAUUUUUAGAACAUUUUGAUACAAUCCUUUCGAGUAGAUGCCUUGUGUAUAUUUCCGUUUACACCAUGAUGGAAUGUAGCUCAUACUGUGGAUCAAACCAUCGGUUUACUGUAUAUUGCAAGAUUUGACAGAACAAAAUGUGACAACUACCUAAGUUACCUUACAGUACAGAAAAAAAUAGAUUAUGUUCAGUCUUCAGUAUUAUUACUUUAUGCCUUUAGGCUUUGCUUUAAUAUGCUUUGCUUUCUGUGUAUGUUUUUAUCGUUUUCUUGGAGAAUUUUACCUCAGACUGAGUUUUUACGCAGUCCCCUCUCUAUUCCAUCUGUGACUCUAUAGGCCAUUCUCAGCUGACAACAAGAAAAAUAAUCGCUAUAUGUAAGGCAGCUAAAACAGUUAAGACAGUUUUCUAUGUAACACAAAUCAAACUCAAACAACUUUUAUCUUGACUACUUCAUCAGAUCAGCAGCCGUGAACAUUAUCAGAGGAUGGACUUAACUGUGUGGGCUUGGACCAAUUUAUGAACAUCAAGUAAACUAGCAAAUUAAACUGCCAAAAUGAUCUUUUACAGGAACAUGGGGCUGGGAUUGAUAAGAAAAGCUACAAUCUGUCAGAUUAUUGACACAAUCCUCUGAUAAUGUCCCAUGAACUUGACUGAAAAGCUUUUACUUUGCUUGUUUUCAAUGCUUACUGGUCCUAUUCUGAUGAUCAAAAGGGGGAUGACGAAAUAGCCAAACAGUCAGGCAUACAACCAACCAGCAAUCAGUAUUCCUCUCCUCUGCUACAGUAUCGCUUUAAGUUGUGAGUUUUUGCAUCCAA